GGUACAUGCUAUGCAUUGUGUUGUUUUAUUUUUUAACGCUAGUGUCAGUGUGUAAGACGAUUAUUUACUAGACACGAAAUAAAUUUUGUUGAAAAGUCAAUUUUUGUUAUUUCAAUAUGGUGAAAAUUCAAUUGUUUUUGAUACUUUCUGCUUCAGUUUUCUCAAUAUACCCCAGUAACGGAUUCAAAAUAUUGGGAAUAUUUCCACUACCUGCUAAAAGUCAUUUCACAUGCAAUAAUGCCAUCAUGAAAAGCUUGAUUGAUGCUGGCCACGAAGUCACCGUUAUCACAUCGUUUCCUAAGCAAGCUUCCGCAGAAAAUUACUCAUCAAUUAUCGAUGUUUCCGAAGGAGAAAUUAUUUUUGUUGGCCAAUCAACAUUUGACGAUUUUAUUUCGCAGAGUCCUUCUAAACUUCUAGAAAAAGGGAUGGAAAUAGAAUUUCCAUACUGUGCGAAAGUUCUAAACUUGCCGGAAAUUCAGAGAAUAUUGAAUAGCAAUGAAAAACUAUACGAUGCGGUAUUCGUUGAAAUGUUAUGGUUCUAUAGAUGUUUUUUACCAGUUGCUGAAAAAAUGAAGGUACCCUACAUUGGAACAGUUACUCUGAGAACCUGGACCAUGGCAGAUCACGCAAUUAAUAAUCCUAAUCAUCCAGCUUAUAUUCCCAUCGAAAUAGUGACCCAAAAAUGGCAACUAGAUCAUAUUGUAGGACGAAUACUAAAUGUUUGGAGCUAUUUCGUUGUAUCCUGGUAUGAAAAUGUCGUUUUCCCGAAAAUAUUGAAGCAAUUUCACAACGAUCACAUUGGACAACUAAACUCACUGGGAAAUUAUUUAUCCAUGGAUCCAGAUUUGAUUUUUUAUAACAAUCACGCCUCUUUGUUACCCAGACCAAUGAAUCCUAAUGCAAUUGAUAUUGGAGGAGUACAUAUGAAAGGUGUCAAACCUUUGCCAAAGGAAAUUCAAGAUUUCAUCAAUCAGGCAAAACAUGGAGCUAUUUUAUUCACACUUGGGUCAGUUGUUCGAGCAGCGACCUUGUCUUCCGAAACUAAGAAGGCGUUUAGAGAUGCGUUUGCGGAACUACCUCAAAGAGUUAUUUGGAAAUUCGAAGAAAAAAUUGAAAACUUAUCCAGUAAUGUAAUGGUACUCGAUUGGGUUCCUCAACGAGAUAUCCUAGAGCAUAAAAAUGUGAUAGCCUUCAUCAGUCAUUGCGGAUUGGGAGGUAUGAACGAAGCAGUUUAUACCGCAACACCUGUGGUCGCUUGUCCCUUAUUUUGUGACCAAGUGGACAAUGCGGAGUUACUGGAGAAUUUAGACGUAGCAGUUCAUUUAGAUAUUUAUGAUAUUACCAAAGAAAAUGUACUGAAUGCGUUGAAUGCAAUUAUUAAUGAUACAAGAUAUUACAAUAAUAUGCAAAAAUUAUCGAAACAGUUCAAAGAUCGACCAAUGACACCGCAACAAAGUGUCGCUUAUUGGACCGAAUACGUAAUUAGGCAUCAAGGUGCAUCUCACUUGAGAAGUCCUGCAUCUCGGUUAUCCUGGUUCCAAUUUUUGAUGCUCGAUGUGAUAUUAGUUUCGGCAUCAAUUCUAGUCAUGUUUGUGUAUUUAUUGAUUUAUGCUUUCAGAAUUCUAUCGUCUCAUUUUUCGCAAUACAGAAUCUUCAGUGCGUUUGAUAAACCAAAAAAUAAAAAACUUUGAAAUAUA